UUAUUUUUCCUUUCAACGAACUCUCGGCCUCCUCUCUUCUCCCAUGGAUUCCGUCUCCCGUUACGCCGGGCCACGUCAGCCUCGACCCGGAGGCAAGAUUGUUCGGCCACGCCGGACCGCCGUCGUCAGGACGCCCUAUGACCGCCCCGCUCCAAGAUCCCGGGAUCCUCCUCCUCAGCAAAACCCUAGUUGGAUCUCCAGGCUCGUUUACAAGCCUGCCAGCGUAAUUGCCUCCGGCGCCGGAAAAUUUAUUUCUUCCGUCGUCUUCUCUGAGUCGUCCUCAUCUUCUUCGGAAGGCGAGGAUUCAUCUUCAGAUAUUGAUGGUGAUGAGGAUGUUGAGAAGAACAUUACCGAUUUUACUGAAGAUGAAACAAUGGUAGAGGAACUUGUGAAUGCCCAGCAAUCAACCAUCCAAAGACUCAGUUCUAAGCGUGUUAUUGAGCAGCUUCUCAUGCAAGAAACAUUUGCAAGGGAAGAGGGCGAUAGAUUAAUAGAUAUCAUCAAGGCGAGGGUUGUAGAUCAUUCCAGUGUCCCCGCUUCUAUUGAGGGGAGGCAUUGUGACAAUGGCUUGACAAGUGAAGUGAAUGUGGGUGAAAUGUCUAAUAAAGCUGUCAUGGAAGCAAAGAGAUGGUUGGAGGAGAAGAAAUCAGCAUCGAAUUCAAAGUCUAAAGCAACUGAAGAUGGUGCUGGAUCACCUGUGGACGUGGCCAAGUCAUAUAUGCGUGCUCGUCUGCCAUGGGGAUCUCCGGCUGUGAACAAUUCAGAGUUUCGGUCACCAUCACCAGGAGGGAUGCCAUUUUUUAAAGAAGGGACACCAUUUCCUUAUAGUGCUGGAAACUUAUCCUCUUCCAAGCUGAAAAGGAGAUCCCGUUCUAAUCCGUCAUGGAAUAUUCAAGAUGAAAUUCGCAAAGUCAGAGCUAAAGCAACAGAGGAAAUGCUUAAGAGUGUAUCACCCAGUAGUGUAGCCUCGUUCGAAAUUAAAAACAGCCCCUAUGUUUUAGAUGCAUCUUUGAAUGUUGAUGGAGGUGUCCAAGCUGUGCGGAAUGAGCAAAGCGGGGUUCUACCAAAUUCAACCAUACCUACCUCUGAACAAAAUAAGACUACAGAAGCGAAUCAAGCCGUUGAAGAAACAGGAGUUUUAAACCCUAGAUCUCGUGGAGCUGGUUUGGACAAGACAUUUAUCUCCACAGAAGGAGUCAAGCUAUCGAAAGAUACAAAUACCGCUCCUCAAAGUGGAAAAGGUCUAGAUGACUCCAAUGAUCCAGAUGGCGACUUUAUCCAACCUAGCUCAACUAUUGGAGGCACCACAAAUGCUGUCUUGGCUCUUGGGGCAACUUUGGAUCCAACUGGGAACUUUUGUAUCCCGAAAGAUGUUUUUGAAACAUCAAAAGAAGCUGAUCAAAUAGGCGCAGCAUCUCCUACUUCUAACGGUUUCCCAUCUUCAUUGCCUAGUUCACCAGUGGCUAUGGAAGGUCAGCCAAAACCCAAACCGCCAGAUGAAACCGAGGCUUCUCAACCUAUAGCUGAAACUCUUGGUGAUGAUCUCACAGUAGGGAAUGGCUCAGAUGGUGUGAUUGAUAACGAAAACAAUAACAGCGACUCAAGCGCCUCACAUAACAGUUCAAGCACGCAUGAAGAAGAGUGGCUCCCAGGAGACCAAUCUCUGCCUAACUCAAACUCAGCAAGUAGCAGCCCGGGUACUACCAAGGUCUUGGCAUACACGAGAAGAGGAAGAGGCCGAGGUAGAGGGAGAGGCCGAGGAGGUCGAGGCAAAGGACGGGCCAAAUAAAACUGUAAGAAGAGCUGUACGCAACAACUCAAUGCAGUAGGAGAGUAUUUAUGAGGUAGGAUUAUGUGACGUCUCUUUUAGAUUUCAGUCCCACUCUCUUUGUGUUUGGUCUUUUAUCACUUCGUUAUCGCUUUAGGUUUUCUUUUAGUAUUCGAGUUAGGAGGAUUUGUCUUCUGGAGCUGUGACGAAUUUGUGUCUCUGUUUUUUAAUUUCUGAAUCUUUAUUGUUUAUGUUGUAAGUUUGAAACUUGUUUCGUUCUAGCUGACAAAGCUUUCCAGUUUGCAGUUCCAUUUUGAACUUA